UCCCAUCCCGUCAACCCGUCGGCCGUCACCCGUUGCCCGACAAACGAAUCGCUUACAAUAAUAUUACCAUAAGAUUAUGCGGUUCGCGUUCGCUCCGCCGCAAUAAACGCCGCCGCCGUUUUAUUAUCCGUUUGGCCGGUAGUAACGAGAGCAGCCGCAGCCGCAGCCGUAGUAGUAGUAGUAACUGUAGAGUAACAGCAGCAACUGCAGUCGUAGUAGUCGGUAUAGUAAAAACAACACCAAAACGAUCAUAAUUCAGUCGUACGGGAAACGCCGGAGGUUGGACGUCCUCGCGGGCUUCGGUGCGCCAGCAAUGACGAUCGCGCAUUUGGCACGACCACCGACCGCCAGCCGCAGUUGUCCGAUCAAGAUCAGUAGCUCAAAGCUCGCGGGCGGCGACGUCCGCCAGUUGUAAACAGCAGCUAUUGAUAAGCAACAAAACCACCCCCACGAAUUGGAUUCCUCACCACCACCUAGUCUGGGAAAUGUGGAUGGCAACAUGGUGUUUGGGUUUCACACUGUUCUCGUCAUUAACCGCUGGUCCGGCGUACGCCGUCGCAAACGCAGUGCCGACCACCAGCUCCGAGCAACCCGUUGUACAUGUGAGUAAACCUCAAAACUUAACUGUGGUUAACGUCACAAGUCGAUCAAUUCAAAUUGCUUGGGAAGCACCAAAAGAUGGUGCAGACACGGUGACUGGCUACAGUUUGUAUUAUACACACGACAACAACACAUACACAAAAAAAUUGCAGAACGUACACCAGCACACAAUUAUAGAUCUCAAACCCUACACCAAGUACACCAUUUACGUUCUAGCUGUUGGAGAAAAAAAAAGAGAAGGGGAUGUAUCGGACACUAUAAGUCAAUAUACCGAUGUCGAUGGACCGGGACCACCAGUUAUUAUGAACGCCACUUGUGUGCCUGGGACUAGUGGAACAUCAAUUUUCUUGCAGUGGACUCAACCAGAACAUUUUUAUAAGUCUGUUGAUGAAUAUGUCAUAUCUAUUUUAAAAAAGGCAAGCGUGUUCAUAACAAUAAAUGUUCCAAUACAUAAAGACGGUCAAAACUUAAGUUAUGUUGUACAAAAUUUAACAGAAGAUAAUGAGUAUGAAUUAACAGUGAUGGGCGCAACAAAUAGUUCUUUGACAAAAGAUGUAAUAAUGAAAGGACAACCGUCGGAAUCACGUACUGUCUUUUUACAUAGGAAUUGUGACCACAAUAGUUGGAAAAAUAAUGCAUCAAUCGAAAACACAAAAUCAAUUUUGAUUGGUCUGUGUUGUGUGUUUGUUUUGUUGUUUGUUAUCGCGGCUAUAUUAUUAUGGCAUAGAUGCCAUACUGUGUGUAGGGUAUACUUUCAUGCUGCGUACUAUUAUCUGGAAGAUCCGCCGUGCUUAUCUCAUACCAUACCGACUUUGCCGAACUCCGACUGGUGGAAACAUAAAGAAGAAUCUCAUGUUGUCACUGUGGAUGCAUUUGAAAGGCAUGUGUCCAGUUUACAUGCUGAUGGUGAUAUCGGUUUUAGCAAGGAAUAUGAAAUCAUACAAGAAGAAUCGAUAAAUUGUGAUUUUUCAACCGACGCAUCACAACUACCGGAGAAUAAAUCAAAAAACCGAUAUCUUAACAUAGUUCCUUAUGACCACAGUAGAGUUAAACUUGUUAUUAACAAUAUGCCGGGAAGCAGUCAUUCUGAUUACAUCAAUGCAAAUUAUAUUGAUGGUUUUGAAAAAGCUAAUGCUUACAUUGGAACGCAGGGACCAUUGCCGUCGACCAUUACUGAUUUCUGGCAGAUGAUUUGGGAACAACAUGUUUAUGUCAUUGUUAUGAUUACAAAUUUAGUAGAACGAGGCCGGAGGAAAUGCGAUUUAUACUGGCCAAACGAAAGUGUUGAAAUUUAUGGUUUCAUUCAAGUGAAGUUGUUAAAAGAAGAACUGAUGGCCAUGUAUACUGUUCGUACAUUUCAAGUACAUCACAUGAGAAGUAAAAAGAAAAAAAAUGCAUUAUCUGGUAGAACUAUAUAUCAGUACCAUUAUACCAACUGGCCCGAUCACGGUACACCCGAUCAUCCUCUACCGAUUCUGAGUUUUAUAAAUAAAUCAUCCGGAGCUAAUCCUCCUGAGGCCGGACCCAUUGUUGUCCAUUGCAGUGCUGGCGUCGGCAGAACGGGUACUUAUAUUGUACUAGAUACAAUGUUAAAACAAAUCCGAAGUGAAAAAGAAGUGAACAUAUUCGAUUUCCUAAAGCACAUCAGACAACAAAGAAAUUUUCUAGUUCAAACUGAAGAACAGUAUAUAUUCAUUCACGAUGCUUUAUUGGAAGCAAUCAAUUGUAUGCACGCUAGUAUUAACGAGAAAACUCUCGCCAGUUAUCUUCAAACUGAUAUUAAGGAUAGUAAGAUAGCAUCAUUUACGUCCGAUUUUGACAAACAUUAUAAGAUGAUCACGUCUUUUGUUCCGCAAGAGUAUUUGUUAUUAUCGGCAAACAAGGUUUUCAACCGAGUGAAAAAUAGAUCUCAAGAAUUUGUUCCUGUUGAAAACUCUCGUGUCCAUUUAACGCCAAAACCCGGUGUAGAAGGAAGCGAUUACAUUAACGCUUCAUGGAUCAUUGGCUUUAAACGGUUGGGAGAAUUCAUUGUUACACAACAUCCACUUAAAAAUACAAUUUUAGAUUUUUGGCAAAUGCUAUGGGAUCACAACGCGCAAACUGUGGUUAUUUUAACUGACAUGAACGAAGAAGACUCGGAAUCACUCGUUACAUUUUGGCCGGUUGAUUCGAGUACUACCUUGGACAGUGACAAUUUCAAAGUUAAAAGUGUCCAAGAAGAUAAAAUCGGCAAUGAAUACGAAACCCGAGACCUGGUGAUUCAGUCAGUACAAGACGAUUUUAUGCUCCCUGUUCGGUUGAUUCAUAGCAAAUACUCGAUUAGGGAAUUAUCUUCAUUGAUCAAACUACUAGAAAUCGUACAGAUGUGGCAUUUAGAGUAUCAGAACGGCCCUAUAGUUGUCGUGGACAAGUUCGGAGGAACGGAAGCUGCGAUUUUCUGCUGUUUGACAACACUCGGGAAACAAUUACAGCACGAAAACUUAGCCGAUGUCACUUUGUACGCUAAACUUUACCACAAUCAAAGGCCAGGAAUAUGGAAAAAUAUUGAAAAUUAUUUAUUGCUGUAUCGUGCUUUGGAACUUAUGUCCGGUGGAAGUUGUUUCUCUGUGUUGCCGUCGAGUUCGUUCAGUAGUGUAAAUAACGUGGUAAAUAAUAGCCAUAAUUCACUUAAUCUACCAAAUGGAAAUGCUCUCUCACCAAAUAAACAAAAUGGAGUAUUAAUUGUACAGUCUUAAUGCUUAAAUAUGUGUAUGUAGUUAGGAAGUAACGGUCUAUUCAUUUGUUAUUAUUGGAUCUUGGUUAAUUUUCUACUAGCCUGUCGUGUUAAAUUUACCUCGUGUAUUAUCAUGUAAAUUUCGAUUAAUUUUUUUGUUGAAAAUUUUCCUUUUUUGAACCCAAUUUACCAUUUAUUGGUUGUUGUCUCUAACGUUAGAACCCUUUUGAAACUAAUAUUUUGCAGAUUUCACCAACAUAAAUUUUCAUCUUUAUAAUUGACAGUUAUUAAUUUAAUUUUUUUUUUUUUUUUGGUUUUUCGUUAGUGCAAUAUUUCUGUUUGUAAAAUAUUAUUAAAAAGUGACUAUAUUUUUCUUCCGUGAAAUUCAUACUUUUUUAUAUGCAUGUACACUACUUACUUGCGUAAAACCCUAGUUAAUUUAUAUAAUUGUAUUUAAUGUCUAUAUACAUCAAAUAAUCAACACUUGUU